AUGAAAGCAAAGUAUUACCCAAAAUGUGAGUUUAUGGAGGCUAGUAUUGGUCACAAUCCAAGCUACAUGUGGCGGAGUAUCAUGGAAGGGCAAGGUGUUUUGCGAAUGGGCUUAGCACGCCGUAUCGGGGAUGGUAAGGACACGAAGAUCUGGGGUUGGCCUUGGCUAGCAGAUUCUUCUAUGGCCAGUCUUAGUACACCUCCAGUGGACGCUCUACGGGAGGCUACGGUCAGUGGCCUCAUGAAUGAACAUGGACGAUGGGACGAGGAGAUUCUCAACGACCUCUUUGAUGACUCAGAUGUGCGUAGAAUCAUUGCCACACCCAUAGCAGCUCAUGUACUGGAUUCUUGGCGGUGGGUGGGUGACAUCCGUGGAGCUUAUUCGGUCAAACACGGGUAUAAACUUCUGACAACCGAUGGUGUUUUGCAUGCACCCGGCCUGGGGAGUUCAUGGCGUGGGAGAAGAUUUGGAGUUUGCCAGUUCCACCGAAGGGGCGGAUGUCCGCUGUGUGGGCAGUCCGCGGAAACAGCUGAACAUUUAAUAGGCGAUUGUCGGAUAGCUCGGCAGAUUUGGGAGAGAGACGACGUUCUACAAGGAGCAUCCAUUCAAGCUUUUCUGGAAUCCGUUUUAUCCAACUCAAGCAGGGAGAGGGCGGUGCAUUUGGCGGCAGUUGUCUGGAUGAUAUGGACAGUGAGGAAUGAUCGGAUAUGGAGGGAUAAGGUGUGGGAUAUCGGGGUGGUGCGCAGUCACGUUGUAAGGCUGGUCACCACUUGGAAGGAUGCAUACAAAUUGACAUCUCCCAGAACAGGUAUUGAUGCGGUUUGUGUCAUCUGGGAACCUCCUCCUCGGCACUGGCUCAAAUGCAACGUUGACGUUGCACUUUUGGCUGACAACGUGGGCUUUGGAGCGGUAAUUCGGGAUCACGGGGGGUGGUUUUGUGGCAGCAAAGAAUGGCCGGUUGGUUUGCAAUCGAGAUCCUUUGAUGGCAGAGAUUCUAUUGUGAAGCAAUGUUUGUUGAUUGCUAGCGACAUUGGGAACGUUGUUGUUCGCCAUGUCAAGAGAUCAGCGAAUCGAGUGGCUCAUGUUCUUGCACGAGCAACUGAUUCUUCGACUGACUCGGGAGUGUGUAAAUUUGAUGACUGGAAGGUGCGAAUGCAGGCACACCUCUCUGCUUUCCACAAUGAGAUGUGGGAGGUUAUCACCGAAGGUCUGGUGAAGAUCAUGAUGAUUGGAGAAGGGGACAAACAGGAGAAAGAUAACAAACUGACCAUCGCGAUGAAGAAGUUCAAGGACUUCAAGAUGGGUGCAAACAAAACCAUAGCCGAGAUAGAGACUUGGUUUAUAAAGCUCCUUAGUGAGGUCGCUGAUCUAGGGAAGUAG